GACGAACGGAGAAGACAAAUAGCUUGGUGGGGAGAACUCCGGCCUAUCAUUAUAAUUUCACACCUAAUCCGAGGAGAUUACUUUUUCAAUUCCACAAUAUUAUCCCUCGCACUUGCUGCGUUGCAAGGCAUAAAGUGAAAGAAAACUUUUCACUGGCCUCUUUGCAUUUUCCGGCUGCAACUUUGCACCCACAUCCACCCACAUCCUUGCAGCAUCCUUGCAGCUCCCGUUCCGGGUGCUUGGCCAUUAAAGGUCACAGUUAAUAUUCAUUUCUGUGCUGAAAACUUUGCUGUCUUCCUUCUACUUUUCUUCUCUGGGCUCCUUUCUCCUAAUUUCGCCUCACCGCUGGCCUUUUAAAGCAAUUUAAGCUGAUUAAGUGCAAAGCUGACGUUCCCAAUGGACACUGCCAACGGGAGCCCAUGAAGGAACCCGGGAUCCGCUUAAGGAUAUUGCUCCUGACGCUGUCCAGAAACUUAAAUUGCUGGCGAAGUUUUCGUGGCAAAGUCCAGAGAAAGAUUUCUAAAUAUUCCUGCAAUCCCUGGGGAGCUGUGGUUGCACCAAAAGCGGUUGACAUUCAUUGCAUUUUGCAGAAAUACUUUAAUGAUUUUAAGUUUUUACUUGUACUUCCCUAAAUCAAUUAGCUAUCAAAAAUUGCUUUAAAUAUCACUACUCAACAUUGCUGCAUCAUAAACCUCGCAUUUCGUGCUACUUCUUUUUCAUUAACUCAAUUUUAAUAUUUAAGUUCCUCCUUACAGUUUAAGCAUCAUUUAUAAUUCCAUUAAUUAAUGAAGUCCAUUAAGAUCCCGACACCUCAUUUCGCUUCUUUGCACAGGUAUUUCCCCAUUCUAUUCGGUUUAAUUGCGUUUUUCUCUUUGAAUAUAUGGAACUGCAGUAGUAUGCUUAAUGUUGAACACAGUUUUUAUUUCAUCUCUCAUUUCCUUCGACUGUCUGCUUUAUGAACUGUGAAUUGCGGAGUGUCUGGUGAAUCAUUAAUUGCAUUGAUUUCGAUUGUAAUGAGCCAGCUAAUGAAACGUCAACAGUGUGAAGUGGCCAUAAACCCCAGCGGAUUCCUUCUAUGAAUCCUGAACAUCUGUUGCGUUUAAAGUUUUUAAGCUAUUUAUGAAUCGAUACCCUCGCUAAUCCUUUUUGGUGGACCUUAUAAAAGUGCGCGGAUUAGCAGGCUGUCUUUUGCCAAAGAUUUGUGUAAAAUUGGUGCGCGGAAAACACGCAAAACUCGCGUGUUCGGGUUGCAAUUACCGGGAAAUCGCUCCUUUGACAAAUCUUCCUUUUUUACUUUCACAGCUUAGGUAGUAGGUAGUGGCCUUAGGUAGUUUCCCGGAAUUAAGUUAAGUUCGGCUGGGUUUCAAUAGCAUGGCUACCUGAACUUUUGCCACCAGCUGUCGGGGGCGACAACUGGACCAGGUAGUCCUUAGAAUUUCAGCUAUAUAAGCAGUGCGUUCCUUGCCUCAACAUCGCAUUCGUACUUCAACCGUCAAGCGUCAACAUGAGCAUCAGCACAUUCAACUUCCAGUUCUACAACUACAAGCUGAGUCCGUCGUCACCGGGAUUUGGCAGUGCGGCCUCCCGUUCCUCCUCCUCCUUCAUCAGCGAACUGGAAAUGGACAUUGACGAGGACAUGUCCGGCCAGCCCACCAUCACAUCCACGCCCAAGCCGCGUUUCACCAGCCAACUGGCCGUGGAACUGGCCAAAACGGAGCCGGGUAAUGGUGUAUCCCCACUGCGACCCAAAUUGCAUACGGCCCAGAAACGCUGGUCCAUGGAGUUGAGGGAAAAAGUGCUGGAAAUGUCCAAGCGAAAUAAUGGCCACGAGAAACCACAAACCGCAGGGCAACAGGAACAGCACCAGCCACUGCAACUGGAGCAGCAGCAGCAGCAGCCACAGGAGCAACCACUGCAAGCGGAGGAAGUGCAGCAUCAGCAGCAGGAACCCACUGUCACCGACAAAAUCAACUUCUUCAACAAACUGACCAACACCUUUGAGUCCGGUUUCAACAAACUGAUGCCCCAAGGUAGCGCCACCAACAACCGCUUCAUAGCCAUGUUGCGCACCGCCCGUCCACAGAACGUGGCCACCACUACCACCACCGCCAACAGCAGCACCGCCAACAGUUUCCUGGGCAGCAACCACAGUCUCAAUGGUUCCGUUGCCGGUCAAGUGCCACCACCCAAGCCCAAGAGACUGGCGGCCACCGCCGCCAAGUUUGCCACGCCCCUUGUGCCCGGCAUAGGCGUGGGCAAGGGGGGCAGUCAGCGCAAGUGCUCCCUGCGCCGCAAACCAUCGAUGGACAAGUCGAGGGCCACCAUUUCGCGCCAGAGCUCCAGUGCCUCGGUGCGAACCCAGAACCACGCCAUCAUGGAGGACCUUAGUUUGGUGGUUCCCGUGAGAUUGCGCAUCGCGGAGUACGAGCAGCGCAUCUCGAUGAGUGCUUAGCUGCAGAAACUAGAUUAAUUGUAAGUUCCACAGGAUUGCCUUACUUUAGUUUUAAGUUAGCCUAAGCUUCUAAAGACAUUUCAAAUAUAAAAUAUGUGACGCAACAUGAUUUUUGUUUAUUCUUGGCAAAUGGGGCAUUACACAGAGUAAAACAUUUUUAAUCUUUACUCUUUUGCAAACUGAAAGUAAUCCAAACACAAUUGAACUCGUAAGUUACGAGCAUAUAUUUCUUAAUUCCAUUUCUGACCAAACCCUUUUUUUCACAAAGUUACAUUCGAACAAAUGACUGUGACUAAUGCGGCAAAAAAUUCCAAUUCCCAAUAGCCAAUAUAUCAGUUCUGGGAGACUGAUAAAACAGAGUUACCUGAAUUGCUAAAUCCACACACUACCACAGGUUGUAAACUGAAUCACGCAAGACUCUGUGCCUGUGUGCAUAUAUAUGUACAUAUAUAUGUAUAUUCACUACACCACCACGCACCUGUUUUGUUUGCCGAAGCGGAAAACAAGAAAACCGUUAGCUUUUUAAUGCCUCAACCCGGGGCAUUAUCUUAUCGGGCAAAACAGAGAGAGAGAGAGAGUGAGAAAGAGAGAGGGAGAGAGCUUACAGCAACUACACCUGAAGGCCCGAACACAGGUUAUCGAGCAAAUAUUGGUAACUAAACCAAACUGAAACCCACUGAGCUGUUCUGAUAAGAUAGGCAACGCGGCGUAUGAGUAAUGGGGUGGAACUGAAUCAGCGCACAGGGACAAGGAA